UCUCUCUCUCUCUGUGCAUGCGCACUAGAUUUGCAGGAAAAAAGGGAAUGCAUCAGCCUCUCCGUAUCUUCCCUGUAUUGGGCCUCUGUUUCUUGAAUACAUUCCUGAACCUCAUCCAAGCUCCAAUGUCUUUCUGUGCUGAUGAUCCGCGGUACUUAAACUGCAGCUCCACAAUUCAAUGCGGCGACCUGCAAGGCAUAAGCUACCCGUUCUGGGGUCUCAACCGGGCGCGUUACUGUGGCCUGUCGCCCGAGUUUCAAGUAACUUGUAACAAAAGCGCACCAAUCAUCACGAUCAAGAACCAAAACUUCCGAGUCCUCCACAUCAAUAACGCCUUGCGGGCUCUUACUGUCGCUAGGUCAUCCUACUGGUAUAACCUCUGUCCCGGGUCCCUGCAUAAUACCUCCCAAGUGGCUCCUUUCACUUACACUUCAGAUACGGUCACUGACAACCUGACCAUCUAUUACGGGUGCCCAUCGAGUUCUUCUACAAAUGUAGGAUCAAUGAUGGAAUCUAGUCGUUUCACUUGCACGACUAAUCAGAGUAGUACUGUUGGUUAUGUCUUGGCGAGGAAAGCCGGUGAUCUCACCAAUGCAAACCUCGCAUCCAUAGAGGAUUACCUUGGCACCUGCAAUACCAGUGUAAUCAUUCCAGUAAACCAGUCGGCAAUUCAGGACCUCAAGGCUAACGCGACCCUGGACGCAAUGAAAGCAGCAAUCGAUCAAGGGUUUGGGAUGCAGUGGCUAGAUGAUGACGGUUUGUGUCAAAAAUGUCUCAAGUCUGGGGGGCAGUGUGGACAGGUUCAGGACUCUGGCGAAUUCACCUGUUAUUGCCGCGAACAGUCCUACUCAUCGAGUUGCCCGGGAUCAAAUUCCAAGGGGAGGCACAAAAUUUUAAUGAUAGCUCUUCCAGCCGUGCUAAGCGUCUCUGUGACUAUCAUCGUACUGAUUUGCUUCAUUAGGAAGACAAAGCUUUUCAAAAAGGAGAGGACUGAAAAUCACUAUGAUGUUGACGAGUUCAUGAGGAAUCAUGGGUCUCUUGUUCCACGAAGAUAUAAGUAUACCGAUGUCAAAAAAAUGACAAACUCCCUUACGGAGAAUCUUGGUCGAGGAGGGUACGGUGAGGUGUAUAAAGGAGAGCUUAAAGAUGGUCGCCCCGUUGCGGUGAAAUUCCUCAAGGAGUCCAAAGGCAAUGGACAAGAAUUCAUCAAUGAGGUCACAAGUAUUAGCAGAACAGCCCAUGUAAAUGUUGUCGCUCUUUUGGGUUUCUGCUAUGAAAAGAAUAGAAGAGCUUUGAUAUACGAGUACAUGCCCAAUGGGUCUCUGGACAAGUAUCUAUCUCGUCAGGGUGCUGCGAGUAGAACUAGUCCUCUAGAAUGGAAAAUCUUAUACCAAGUUGCACUAGGCGUAGCUCGAGGGCUUGAGUACCUUCACUGUGGCUGCAGCACAAGGAUUUUGCAUCUUGAUAUAAAACCUCAAAACAUUCUACUUGAUCAGAAUUUAAUUCCGAAAAUUUCAGAUUUUGGCCUUGCCAAGCUGUGCAAAGGAGGGGAGAGUAUCGUAUCAAUGUUAGGCACAAGAGGAACAUUCGGGUACAUUGCUCCUGAAGUCAUCUCUAGGAAUUUCGGAGGAGUCUCUCACAAGUCUGAUGUCUACAGCUAUGGAAUGUUGAUUCUUGAAAUGAUAGGUGGGAGAGAUAAUUUUGAUGCACGACUAUCAAACGGUAGCCAUAUGUACUUCCCCGAAUUGGUAUAUAGGCACCUUGAGCCGAGCAAAGGUCUGCAAUUGAGGGGGAUCAGCACGCCCGAGGAGGAGGAGAUAGCAAGAAAGAUGAUCACCGUGAGUAUAUGGUGCAUUCAAACUAAUCCAUCAAUUCGACCUUCGAUUUCUAAGGCGAUAGAGAUGUUGGAAGGUAGCCUUGACCUCUUGCCCAUACCGCCAAAACCCUAUUUGACUUCUCCACCGGUAUCACCGAAACAUUUUGAAACAACCACAUCGUCGUCAUCAGUGUUCAUCAACAGCGAGGACCAGGAGGUGGAGAAACUGUGAUUUUAGGUAGAAAACAGAAUACCAACAUGGCAACAUGUAUAGCAAAAUAGCAACCGAAUUCCCUUACAUAGCUAGUGUUCGCAUCUUUAGCUUGAAAUUAAAAGCGAUUUGCAGAUCAUGUACGAGAGAAAGUGCAGAGUGCUGGCCAUUGC